GGCGGGGGCGCGGCGGCGGGCGGUGUGUUGGCGGUGGAGCUGUGCGCGCCGCUGCUACUGCUGUGCUGGCUGUGCUGCUGGCCCGACGACACCAACUCAGAGAGCUCGACCGGCCGACACCCGCAGCGCCCGGUGCUGGCCGCCGCCCCCGAGUCGGGCUGGCGGCGCCGCUCCAGCGAGAUGUUCGGGCGCCGCGCCACCUCCAGCGCCGUGUCGCUCCACCUGCCCAGCACCUCCGGCUACAAAAAGCCGCUGUCAGCUCAUCGCAGCCACGAGGAGAUCGGAGGUCGGCGCAAGCUGUCGAGCCACGAGGCGGGCGAGGUGGAGGCGCGCUACCACUCCGCGCCCAGCGUCAUCGACGAGGUGCUGCACCGCCGCGACUGGGAGCGCUCCACCAAGGACCUCUACAUCCCGCUGCGGCCCGAGCCCGAGCCCGAGCCUCACUCCAGCGACAGCUCACGCGACGAGCCCGCUCCCGAGGCGCGGCCCUGCAAGAAGCACCACUCCAACAUCAAGUGCUCGCGCCGCCGCAAGGAGAGCGCCGACACCGACGACAAGGACACGGACGCCACCGAGCUCAGCUCCUUCUAUAUCGGCGAGCGCGAGCACGACGAGGCGGAGCUGCAGCGCGCCGCCGCCGUGUACCAGGCCAAGGACGACAAGCAGAACUUCAACGAGUCGCUGCGCAGCCGCGGCUGCCUGGAUGACGUCAUCGAGCAGCUGGACCGCCUGCAGCCGCUGGACCGCUCGGGCGCCACGCACCACACCAUCGAGUCGCGCCUCAGCCUCGGCCGCCACGUGUUCCCGCCGCCCUCUGUCGAGCCGGUGGGCUACGAGGGCGGCGCGUGCUACCUGGCCGAGCGCGGCGCCGUGCACGAGCUGCGCGCGUGCGCACUGCGCGCCCGCCACGCCAGCGACGGAGACAUCCUCGCGCCGCCGCUGCGCCCCGAGUCCGGCGCAUUCUCAGAGAGCGACCUGGACCUGGAGCUGGACGCGGCGGAGGAGCGGCCGCCGCCGUACGACGAGCUGCAGCACUACGCGGCCGAACACAAGGAGACUGCCAUAUAACAGCGCGCGUUAUACAAUAAUACUGUGUUAUUGUUAAUGUUUCAUAGUUUAAUGUUCGUUACGUGUUCCUGGCCACGCUGCCACUCUGCUACGCUUGCAGACUGUUCGUGUCGCGUGCUACAGUAUCAGUAGGCUAAUGAGCUCGAUCGCACUCUCGCCUGUCAUUGACUGGGGUAAUUCUCACAAGCUAUGGCGGACCGCGAUUGAGUUCACCUGGAUCUUGUGAACUGAAAGUCACAGCCUUUAGCUGCUCUCAAAGCCUCGAGUCUCGAAGGAACUCAGUAGAGUUCGUAUUGUACUGUUUGUCACGUACUAAGCAACAUCACGUGGCCUACGUAUGUCCGUGUCGUGCGGACGUUGAUCACAUUCGCUAAUGUAUAAUCUAAGUAUAAUGUACUCGUUCGUGUUGCAGACGACAUUUCUAAUUGUAAGCUACUUGUUGCUUGCCACGGAGCCGAGCAUCCUCUGCCCGGCGGCCCGCGACUACAGGCCAGUCCCUGUUAUCCUACAAGUGGGGUUAAUAUAAUGUAAAUAUUUAUUGUUAUUGACACCAGCAGCUCUCAGGCCGAGUACUGGCGCGCUACACUCCGCUACAGUACUCGACUGUAAGCUCGCACCGCAGAGUUCAAAGUUAAAUACAAAGAUAAUAUUUUGUAAUAAAAUGACGCGUAGUGAGAGUAAUUAUAAGAAUUAUACACCUCAGUUAGUUAGUGUCAAUUACCUGUGUCAGCGGAACAUAGUCUCUGUCAAUAUUAGCGUAAGGUGCUUAUUUGUUUGUGCAGCGCGCGCAGCAGCUCGUACUCACUGUAUGCACUGCUGCUUGGGCUGCUCCGUGAC